AAGAGUAUUUAUGAAUAUUAUUUUAGAAAAGUAAUUUCGAAAAGUCAAUAUAAGAAUAUAUGACGUAAUUAGAGAUGAAUGAAGUAUGCAUGCAAGAAAAUAUAAAACGCAAUAAAUAUGUUUUAAUAGACGCUUAAUUUAGACAACCUAGAAAGAUUUGACAAAUAUUUAUUUGUUUAAUUAAAUAAAUUCAUAGAUUUCUGAAAACAUUUUUAAGUAUAUUAGAUAGUGACAAAUAGAUUUACAUUAAGUAGAUUGUCUUUUGUUUUAUGAUGAAAUCGCUGGCGAGGCCGGUAGACGUGAAAAAAAUUUAAGAUGUCGGCCAACAGCAUCAUAAUAACAAUAGUACACGAAAACCAUGUGUAUAACAAUAGUACUUUUAGAUUAUGAUUUUUAAAAGAUGUUUUAAAGUAAAUUUUAAAUCUAAUUAUUUAAAAAAAAAAAAAAAAAAAAAAAUGUAUUUGGACAUGUCAUUAAUAUUGAUCAAUAUAAAAUACAUAUUAAAGCUAUUUCGGUAACUUUGGCUAUGCGACGCUUGUGUUCGGCAUCAAGUAGCUUAUAGUUUGUGAGGUUGUUUGUUUACAUAAUGUAUCCCGAGUGUGUGCGUGAUCAACCGCCUCCAACGUUGUUUUAUUGCCGUGCGUAAAACUGUACGUUGGAAUAGGUGUGCAUACUCGAGGUGAUGAUGUGGGAAUGAUCAAUCUUGCGUUUCAAAUUAAAGUGAAUUGCUGUGCGUUUAUUUUGAUUUAGAAGCACGAAAUAGAAUCAAUUAUGAAAAGUAUCGGGUACUAGAUGAAUAGAAUUUUAGAAUCUUAAUAAUAAGAGAUAGAUGAUAAAGUAUUAAUCAGAUAGUAAAUUACUAAUUAAAUGUAUAAUUAAUCAAUUUUUAAUUCUGUUUUAUAAAAUCCGAAAUAGAUGUCAGAGUCAGAAACAAAGGCUCCACUGGUUAAUUAUGACAGUGAGGAAAGUUUUGAGAGAAUCGAAGAUCCUGAAGAUGUUGAACAAGAUCCUGAAGAUGUUGAACAAGAUUCUGAAGAUGUUGAACAAGAUCCUGAAAAUGUUGAACAAGAUCCAACAUUGCGGAUUAAGAUUGGGAAAACUGUGGACAGGUUCCACAGUCUAUCACAAUUUCACAAGGGAUUGAUUUAACAAACAGAUGGUAUUAAUCAAGAGUCAUCAACAACAACUGUUGACAACAAAAUUGUAAAGGUGUCACUCAAAGGGAUGAACAACUUCUCAACUCCUGUCAAAUCAAGCCAGUCAAUAAGUACAGAUGAUGGUAUGAAAGAUAAGACUGAUAAUACCAAGAUUAAAAUUGCGAGUAACCAAAAGAUGUUAAUGCUUGGCAAUAAGGAUUUAGAAGACAUGAAGAGGUUGAUGUUGGAUUCAAAUAAGCAGACUAAAGAGAUGUCAGCAUCAAUUGGAAGAGCAGCUAGAAAGCUCGAGGAAGUUUCUGACGCGAUGUUAAAUGCCUUAAAGGUGAUGACAAAAUGGUACAGAGCAGAGUUAGAUCCGGAAAAGACUAAAGCAGAAGCAGCUAAGGUAAAGAAUUCACAUACAAUUCCUACUUUCCCAAAUAAAACCAAUUUAGAAGUUACAACUGGGAAUAAUAUUAUUGUUAGAGACUUGAACGUAAUUAAAGAUACAUUACUAUCAAAUCAAAGUAAGAUCAAUGUUAGAAGAGAAUACAAAUUAACUCAAAAAUCAAACUAUAAUAUCUGGUUUGAUUAUUUAAAAUCAGAACUUACUAGUUGUGAUUUAUUAGAUGUAAUAGAUGAAAAUAAUAGCAAUAAUAAUAAUUUAUCAAGUUCAAUGAGUAACAAAAAAAAGUGUCUUAUUAGAGAUAUUAUUAUCAAUCAUUUAGAUGAAGACUAUCACAAGAGAAUUCUUGAUAUUUCUGAACCCGUAGAAAUUUUAAAAAGAAUUAAAGAAUGUAGAAAAGAACAGAUAAACGUUACGUCAAGUUCUGUUAGAAAAAGAUUGUAUUCAAUUAAGAUGAAAAAGAAUGAGAAAGUUAGUGAUUUUUGUGAAAGAUUUGACCAGAUCAUUAGAGAAUAUGAAUCUUGCGGAUAUGGGGAACAAUUAACUGAGCAAGAAAUUAGAUCUGCAUUUUAUCAAGCUAUAUCCCCAAUAAAUCCCCAAUUAAUGUCCGCAGAUUUUAUUAAGAGAUCUCAUUCAAAAGAGAUGACAUUAAACGAAAUGAAAUCUUUUAUUCUACAGUUAGAAGCAGAGAAGAAGACCAGCGACGUAGAAGACAAAAUCAAAGCACAGAUAGCAAAAUCUGAUGGCAAGAAGAAUUGCUUUCGAUGUGCUAAGCCUGGACACAGAAUUGAAGAGUGUUCAUUACCAAAAGAUAUGUGGUUCUGCUACUACUGUCAGGAGAUAAGAUCUCACAAGGGUUCGGAGUGUAAGGACGGCAGACUUAAAAGUAAGGUUAUAAAUAAUAAUAAUAUCAAAUCUAGAGGUAAAUUAGAUAGACAGGGAAUUAAUAGAGUUAGAAAUAAUGUGAAUUCUGAGCCAUAUGAGAAUGAUAGACGUUAUAAAAAUUACAAUAAAAAUAAUCAUUACUCAGCUCAAAAUGCACCCAAACGGGAUAGUGAUAGUGCAAAAAGAGUGACUGAUGGAAAACAAGGUAAGAGACUAUUAAAUAAAGGUUUAAUAGAUGAGAUUAAAUUUAUUGCUGAUUCAGGAGCAACCGAUCACAUAGUAAAGAAUCGAUUGACACUAAGUAACUUUGAAAAAUGUGAAAAUAAAGUAAUUAAGAGAGCUAAUAAGAAUAAAUCGGCUGACAUUUUAAUAGAUGGAAAAGGUGAUCUUUUGCUCUACACGAAUCAAGAUAACAAGAUAAUUAAAUUAUCCAAUGUUAUUAGUGCUAAAGAUGUAUCAGAUAAUUUAUUAUCAUUAAGAAAAUUAGUAGAUAAAGGAUUUAAGAUUAAUUUAGACGAUAAGAUUUUUCGAGUAUUUAGUGAAAAUUUAAAAGAAAUAAUACUAGAGGGAAUAUAUGAAAAACCCAACUGGAUCUUUAACUUCAAAGUUAAGAAUUACAUCGACGAUGAAAACAAAUUAGAUUGGGAAUACAACGCUUAUUGUUGUAAAGCUGUAAUGAUUCAAGAAGAUGAUACCAACGAAUCUGAAGUAGAUUUGCAAAGGAAGGAGGGAGAUUCAGAAAACGAAGAGGUCAAGGAUUCCUCAAUUAGGAGGGAGGAAGAAGUUACAACAUCUCCAGAAAUAGAACAACAUCCUGAAAAUACAAAUGAUGACAUAUUUAAUUGGGAUUCUAGUUUAAUAACUAGAAAUACAAUUAAGUUGAAUGACAUUGAGAGCAUUAAGAAUUUAGAAGAGUUAUUCACAUCAAAUCCAUUAGAACAAGGAACAACAGAGUCAGGCAAAAUAAAUGAAGCUAUGUUAUGGCAUGUAAGACUUGGUCAUGCUUCAUUGAAUUAUCUCAAGAAAUCACAGAAAGUAUACAGCAAAUUAGAGAAAGUUAAAUUUGAUGAUUCAAUUUUAUAAUGAGAAAUA